AUGGCAGGCUUCGCGCAUUUCCUGCGGGCCAUCCUCACCCCCCUCUUCAUCGCCCUCGCCCUCUACCUCUCGGCAACCCUCCUAAUCCUCCCCUUUAUCCGCCGCCACCGCACCCGCUACAGCCAGUACCUGCCCAUGCCCACCACCCUCUCCACCCACGCCACCACCUGGCGCACCACCCUCUCCGACGCCCUGUACGCCCUGUUCAUGCCCUCGACCUGGACCCGCCAGCCGCCCAUCCACGUGCACGACGACGACGACGACGACUCGUCCGACUUUGACGACGACGAGGGCGAGGGCAUGGUCGGCUUUGAUCCCAUCGACGAGCGCCGGAGGGAGGCUCUGGAGCAGCGCCGGAGGGAGGCUCUGGAGCAGCGCCGGAGCCUGGUGGAUGAGGAGAGACGCCUGGGCAGGGAGCUGGAGCAGGGGUUCAAGGAUGAUAGUGAGGAUGAGGAGGGUGUCGACGAUACGAGGCGCAGUUUGUCUCGCUCGAGGCGUUGA